AUAAACACACCAGAAGAGCCCAGAAGCUAGCACACCAGUUUUCAAUUAAACAUUUACAUAUAUUAUCAAAAAUGUCCAAAUCAUCGUCAUCACCAGUUUUUUCCGUGAAACGUCAGGGACCGGAGCUAGUCACUCCCGCAAAACCAACACCACGAGAGUCAAUAUAUGUGUCAGAUAUCGAUGGCCAGCAAAGUCUCCUUUUUCAGAUUCCCUUCAUUAUGUUUUACCCCGCCCGUAAUCCUCCCAUGAAAGGGAAAGACCCUGUCAUGGUUAUCAAAGAUGCACUGAGCAAAGCUCUUGUGUGUUACUAUCCCUUCGCCGGUAGGAUCAGAGAAGGGCCGAACCAAAAACUCUUUGUCGAUUGCACUGGCGAAGGAGUCCUGUUCAUAGAAGCCGAUGCUGAUAUCACACUCGACCAGCUGGGCCACGCUAUUCUACCGCCAUUCCCAUGCAUCGAGGAACUGCUAUUUGAUGUCUCUGGUUCUUCCAACAUUGUUGGGUGCCCUUUGUUAUUGAUCCAGGUGACCCGCUUGAUCUGUGGGGGAUUCAUCUUCGCAGUACGCCUUAACCAUGUCAUGGCAGAUUCGCUUGGGCUGGUCCAGUUUUUCAAAGCCAUCGCAGAGAUUGCAAAAGGUGCAGACAAACCAUCAUUGCCACCCGUCUGGAAAAGAGAGAUAUUUACUGGUCGGAAUCCACCCAAUGUGACUUGUCCUCAUCCUGCGUACGACAAGGUAACCCACACCACUGCAGGCUUAGAAGAGAUCAACAUGGAAUCGGCGGAGAAUCUAGUUCAGCGAUGUUUCUUUUUCGGUCCGAAAGAAAUCAGAUCAAUCCGGAGUCAUCUCCCUCCACACCUUCGCGCCAGCACAUCAACCUUUGACGUACUGACUUCGUGUCUCUGGAGAAGUCGAACGGUAGCUCUAGAGCUCAAUCCCCACGAGACCGUUCGUGUUUCAUGGGUUAGCAAUGCCCGCCUCAACCGAGCCCUGCAAGUUCCUGCUGGUUACUACGGCAAUGCAUUUACCUUCAUUGCUGCAGGUUCAACCGCCGAGCAUCUAUGCAAGAAUCCUUUAGGAUAUGCGCUGGAGUUAGUUAAAAAGAAGAAAACGCAAAUAAUCAGCGAAGAGUACUUGAGAUCGUUUAUUGAUCUUAUGUCAAUCAAGGAAAGAUCUAAAUGUGAUACAUCAAUUUUGAACUUGGUGGUGGUUGAUGCUCGAGCCGGAUUUGAAGAGGUCGACUUUGGGUGGGGAGAAGCCGUUUACGGUGGUGUGACUGGAAAUAUAACGUUUGCAAGCAUUUUCUCAAGAGCUAGAAACAGUGAAGGGGAGGAGGGAAUUGUUGUGCCAAUAUGGUUACCACCUCUAGUUAUGGAGAGGUUUGAGCAGGAGCUACAAAAGAUGACUCACGAGGCUGUGGAUGAUUCCUACAGUCAGAAGUACAAAAGAAUCCCGUCCAAGAUGUAAUAAUUAGACGCUCGAAGGGAACAGGAAGCCUUUGGGUUGUUGCGCGUUUAUAGCCACUAAUUGGCCGGUAUCCUGUGGAGUGUUUCCUUUUUUGGAAUGGCGUAUCCUGUCGAGUGUUAAUUAAUGGCCCUUUUUGGUUGUGUGCUUUGGUAUUGUUUUUCUUUCCUCUUUCUUUCUUCUCUCCCCCUCCCCCACACCACCCCCUCCCUUUUUUCUUUUUUUUUGUGUAAGUUGUGUGUUUAUGUUAGUAAUAAAUUUGCACUGUCUUG